UGUGAAUGUGGGCCGGGUUUCUACACAGCGCCGUUCGGUUAAUUCAAUUACAUAAAGUGAAAGUGGUCUUAUCCGCGGAAAGUGGGGUAUGAGCACAGCUCACGCUUGUUGGAUUUAUCGGAAAAAUCAUAUCGUAAAAAGAUUCAGUUGACUUUCUGUAAUGUGAAGUGUUGGUCUUUGGACCUGGUUAAUAAUUUUGGACGCUCUCUCUCGAAUCUACAUAAUGUAAGAGGAUGAGGAAGAUCACUUUGUGAGUCCAUGUCUUUGAUGCAUGGUGAUGGAGCGAACCGCACAGUCUGUCUCUCGUUUCUUCUCUCUUCGGAAGAAGAAACAAAAAGAGAAGAAGAAACAAAAAGAUUGGGCGUUUCCAGAAGAAUUAUGCCGUCGUUUUACACUUGCUGAGAUCAGUGCAGCAACUCAAUGUUUCGACCAAACCUUACGUAUUGAUACGGGUGACUUUAGCACAGCAUACAAAGGGCGUAUUAAGGUCCAUGGGGAUGAGGACGGGAAAGACGUUGCAAUCAAGCGCUUAUCCAAAGCGGGAAUGGGUGCGUUCAGGGCGGAGGUACAGCUACUAUGCCAGCUCCGCCAUCCCAACCUCAUCUCUCUCAUCGGAUUCUGCCAAGAAAAUGGAGAGUGUAUCAUUGUCUACGACUACGUGCCCAACGGUACCCUCUCUGAUUACCUCUUUGAUCCUUCCAAUAUUAAAAAUAAAGAUCCCUUUCCCUUGACUUGGAAGCAAAGGCUGAAAAUUUGUAUUGGGGCGGCGCGCGCAAUACACUACCUCCACGCAGGGAUUAAGCAUGCUGUCAUCCAUCGAAACGUGAAAUGCUCCAACGUUCUAUUAGACCAAAACUUGGUGCCCAAGCUUUCCGGCUUCGCGUUGUCCAAGAUGGGUCCUCCUGUCUUGUCAAAUGUAUUAAUCAAUGAUCCAGUGUAUGCAAUGUCCAGGCAACUUACCGAAAAAUUUGAUGUCUUCUCAUUUGGAAUGGUGUUACUUGAAGUGUUGUGUGCCAAAUCUGUUUCAAGAGAGAUACUUGAAUGUGGGGAAAGGGGUGAGACUUUCCCUGCUAUGAUUGAUCCAUUUCUGAUGGGAAAAGUAGCUCCAGAUUGUUUGAAAAAAUUUAUGAACAUCGCCGUGAGAUGCCAGCGUUGGACAGGAGCUGAACGGCCCACGAUGGGUGAAGUGCAGGUGGAACUUGAGUGCGCACUGGAGUUGCAGGAAAGCGCAGACGCCGUCAAGCAGCUCAAGGAGUUGGGGACAGGUGCAAGCACAUCUCUUGCUCCUCUUCCUGCCCAUGACAUGGAGGACUAUACCUACGAAAAUUUAUCAUUUUCUGAGAUCAAUGAAACUUUCUGUAAUAGGUAUUUGCGAGAAUCAUUUAGUACCGAUGAGGCAGCUUCUGUUGAUAGUAUUGCUAGCCUUGAUUCUACCCAAGGAACGCUGCAGAUUUUUUUGGUUUCAUAUAUUCCUCUAUAUGUAAAUUAAGGUUGUUUUCGAAUGUCAUACACAAGAAAACCAAAUGUCCAUAGAGCUAAUUGCUGUAUUGGAGUGAAUUUGGUAUACUUUGAGGAACUCGUAGGAAGGUGAAGGUAGAGAAAAAAUCAUGUAUUGGGGUGUUGGCAUUUGAUUCAACUGCUAAAGUUAUUAAAAUUUUUAAUGGGACUCUCUAUUUGUUGUCA